CCCACAAGUUAGUCGUUGCUUGACCUUGGCAGUGAGAGCAGACGCACGGCCCUCGCUCCCUGGCGCCUCCCGGGCCUGCUGUUUUCCUGCUGCAGGGUGCCCCUGUAAAUCUUGACGGAGUGCGUGGGAAAAGCAACAUAACCUAAGAUUCUGCCACGAUGUCUGCGAGGAAUAUGUGGACAGCGGCGGUGGUGGUGCUGAUGGCGGCAAGCUUUGCUUCUGCUGUGGACCUGCAAGCUGCCCUCAAGAUGGCACAGUGCAGGGCACACUGUCUGGACAAGUUCCUGGACGACCAGGUGACCCAGCACCACAACGCUUGCCAGCGUGACACCCAGUGUUACCAGUGCUGGGAGGCGUGUGAGAUGCUGGCCACCAACUUCCCCAUCUGGAGUCUGACCUGCGGCCAGCACGACAUCUGUGACAAGGGAUGCGACGCCUCCUGCGCCUUCCACGCCGCCCACCCGAGGAAAGUGGUGCCGCUCAGCCAGCACAACUCACGCCUCACCCUCGUCUUCAGUGGGACAGCCGCCCAGUGGUCGCUCUCCUGGGGUCGCCAUUCCCCGAGGGAGCACGUGGUCUUCGCCCUCUUCACCCGUUCGCCUGGUAAGGCCUGGGAACUACGUCUUCAGACUGCUGACUUCGGCGCCUCCCUCGAAGACCUCAGCAGUGGAUCAGACAUGAAGCUUGUUGCUGUAGCGGAAUCGGGCGUAUUGUCGGUCAUCAUCACGCCCUACGCCCCGCCUGCACAUCCCAAGGGGGCCAUGAAGCCAGCCCUCGGCAUGCCCUUGACCCAGGCUACCCAUGAUCGCACUGAGUCCAAUGGCAUUGAUGUUGGCGACGGCGAGGAGGCGUGGCCUCUGCUGCACGAGGCGGAGGUGGAGGCCUCAGGGGUUGGUGGCAGCGAGGGUGUGGUGGCCACCACUGAGCCCGCGCGGCGCUGACUACCUGGUGACGUGGGAGGUGGAGGGGCGGUGGACUGAAAGGGCACCUGUACACUGACCUUCCCGAAGUGGACCUUACCUUGUGGCCCGAGACAGUGUACCAGGUCCAGGUGGAGGUGAUGACAGGCCCUCUUGGUCAGCCCCUUCGUUCCGCCCAUCUUACUCUUGACACUCAUAAUAUCACUCUCGCUGCCCACGCCAGGAAGAACAAAGCUCAUGCCCACACUUGCCGCUAGUCCAUAAGGCGAAGCCCCCCAUGUCCUUGGAGGUGCUGCUGGGGAUAGGGGCUGGGGUCCUGGCUGCGCUGUUGUUGGUGGUGGGACUAGUGUGGCGCCGAGCUCGUGCCGCUGCCGCCGCGGGACACACCGCCACUGCUACAUCCUCCAAAUGGGGUGCUUGGAAUCGUACCUUGGCGGAUCUCACUCUUGAUGAAUCGCUGGUGGUCAAGAGUCACAAGCUGACUGAAAGUAAGUCUGGUUUCCCUGCCUCCACACACCCACACCACGGCCCAGUGUUUACUCUUGCCCCACCAGCACCUCCCGUCCCCUCACUCUUGAGCUUUGCUCGCCCUGCCCACACCCAUGUCAACUUGUACAGCGUGGUGCCGCCCGUUCAAGAGCCUUGCGGGCAAGUCUCCAACAUAUAAGAUGCCCGCGACCUUUCCUGGGGCGGUGGUGGAGGGGCGGCUGUGGCGGUGGUCCGUGUACUCGGGUAGAGCGCAACACAUGUACACCGCCGGCCGUUGGGUGUUAGCGUGGUAGUAACAAGACGGAGAGCUGCCCCUGAUUGCACGGAGUUGUGUUUCUGAAUAUAGAGAGAGACCCUGUGCUCCCGGCCGCCGCGUGCCAGCGGUGAUUCUGAGCAGUGGUAAUUUGCGCUCACCAUCGGUGCUGCCAUGGACGUCGGCCCGGCGCUGUGACCUUCGGGGCCGAUGGUGUAGUGUGACUGAGCGUCUCCAGUAAAGUGAGUUGGUCUAGCUUUUUGAAACUGGUCACGUCGCUGCGAGGGAAGGUCAGCCGUGCACAGAUGAAAUAAACUGCGUUUUUGCCCAUUAGUUCGCGUUUACCUUCUUGGUCCAGUCAUUGGUCGUCCCUACAUUGCUGCGGCCCGGCCUUGUCCAGCCAGGUGCUAGUUGGCCUGGCGACCCUCCACCCCCAACACACUGAUCCUCAUACAUGGAACAUUGCUACACUGAAUAGUGUAGUGCAAAUUUUAUUAUAUCUUACAAUUGGAAGCCAAAGUUCCUACUUGAAGCUUAGCGAAUCGCGCAGCCUCAACGGGAAAUAGAGUGAAUACACGUACGCAUUGCGCAGCUAUUAGUGACAUGACUCGUGUGAUCUGUUCCGUGAACAUUGUCUUCGCAGAAAUAGUAAAUCCUGCCAAGAAAUAUUGUUUGAACAGAUAUGUAUAUGUGUAUAUAUAUGACUAUCUUUUAAAUAAUGUAUUUUAUCAAUUAUUGUAGUCGACGUGCGGUCUGUCGUGUUGUCCGCCGAGUGAAAACCUGAAAUUUUUAGACAAACCGCGUAUAUUUGCAAACCAAAGAGUGAGUGAGAGUGAGAAUGUCUUGAAGUGACGCGGCGGUGAGGCAACGACACUCACCUCUGGGGAGUGUCUAUAUAUAUAUAUAU